AUGGAUGAAUCCUCCAACCAGUCUCUCCCUUCCCUCCCUUCCCCUUAUCUUCUUCAUCCCUCAGAUUCACCCAGCUUAACCCUUGUCAAUGGACUCCUAACCGGCGACAACUAUCCCAAAUGGCAAAAAGCCAUGACCCGAGCCCUCAAUGACAAAAACAAACUCUAUUUUGUUGAUGGCACUCUCAAAGCUCCUGAACCUAAUACACCCGAGUACACCCGAUGGAACCAAACAAAGGAUAUGGUUCUUACCUGGAUCCUCAACUCCAUCAGCCCCUCUCUUGCGAAUUCUCUUGAAUAUCACACCAACCCACGUGAUGUUUGGCUGGACCUUUCCUCUCGGUUUUGUCAUGGCAAUAAUGCCAGAAUCUACCAACUCAAAUGGACUCUAUCUUCCCUACAUCAAACCACAAAUUCCAUUCAUGAUUACUAUAACCAAAUCAAACAAAUUUGGGAUGAACUUGGUCAUCUCAAACAAAGCACUGACCUCACAGCUUUACAGCAGCAAGCCGAUGAUGAACAGGUGUUCCAGUUCCUCCUCGGUCUCAACGAUUCCUUCGCCUCUCUUCGCACUCAAAUCUUAGCCAUGGAUCCACUUCCACCGAUCAGCAAAGUCUUCUCUAUUUUGUUUCAAGAAGAGCAACAAAGGUUGCUCAACGUUAGACCCCCUCAAUCGGAAAUCAUGGCCAUGGCUGUUCGAUCUAGUGGACGCCCAAAAAACCCUUUCAAGUGCACGGCUUGCGGCAAAGAUGGUCAUACCCGAGAUCGUUGUUGGACUCUCGUCGGUUACCCUCCUGGACGAAACCCGCGACCCAAGACCCAGCCCUCCAUUCUCGGACAGCCUCCGUCUAGCGUCAAUCAGACCACUGCCGUUUCAUCGGCUUCAAGCCCGGUUCCUGGUUUGUCACCGGAGCUCUACCAGAAGCUUCUCGGCUUGCUCGCGCCAUCUUCUUCUCCGAUUGAGUCAUCUGUGAACUUCAUUGGACCCACAGUCGAUGAAGCUGAUUGGAGCGGGUGAACUCUGCAAUGGGCUUUACGUGUACCGUCCCGACCCACCUGUGAUUUUUGCUGCUCAAUCUACUGCUAAUAAGACCCUAUGGCAUCAACGUCUAGGUCAUCCCUCCAGUUUUAUUAUUCCUAAAAUUUUAGAUUCUCCUUGUAUUCUUUCUAAUUGUGAUGUUUGUGCUCGUUCUAAACAUACAAGAUUACCCUUUCCAAUUUUUGCUAAUAAAAGUGUUUUUGCUUUUAAUCGUAUUUUUUGUGAUAUUUGGGGUGGAUAUCAUACUUCUUCCUUAUCUGGAGCACAUUAUUUUCUCACAAUAGUGGAUG